GAAGGUUAUUCUAUCGACUUCGACAAGAAUCAUAUGAAAAUAGUCAGUAGGCAGGAUGGAUCGGUGUGCUGUAUUUUGCAGGGCAGCAAGGCGGCUUGUGAGGAGUCUUUUUAACCGCCAGCGCCCUUCGCAAUUUCCUGAGGACCUGUUCCAGGUAGCCGAGUUCGACGCGGCCCGAAAUACUUGGGACGGUGAAAUUGAGCUCCAUGAUAAGAUUGUGGGGAGAGGCGCAUACGGCACUGUAGUCGUCUGCAGUAUUCCGGGGAUGCAUAAAGCCGCUGUUGCAAAGACAGUGAUGGUAACGGACGCGACAAGGCACCGCAUCAUUGUCAAUGAAGCAAUCAUGAUGAGGGAGUUAAAGCACCCCAAUAUCAAUGCCUUAUUUGGAGCCCUCCAAUGCCAAGAUCGCGUGGUGUACAUAUUAGAAAGAGUGGACGGAGUUACUUUCUCGCAAAUAUGUCGCGGCAGGCAAGAACGACAGAGACUCCCCCUUCUUGGCGAAAAGGAGCUGCGGGAUUUGAUGCACCAAUUGCUGUUGGCUUUGCGCUACCUGGAGGCUCUAGGAAUUGUGCAUAGUGAUAUCAAAAGUAACAACGUCAUGAUGGCGGCUGGUGGACAGGUGAAGUUAAUCGAUUUCGGUUGUGCCGUUGACAUGUACGACCCGAACAGGAUUGGUAUACGUCCCCGUGCUCGAGCAGAUCCGCCGGAGACCCGGGACAUCAUAUUGGGCGGCAUCUGCCCAAAGACCGACAUAUUUAUGCUUGCUACAAUGCUUUACCAAAUGUUUUUGGGAUGCGAACCAUUUGGUAAACUCCGCAGUCUGACACCAGCAUCUCUGCUCGACCUCCUCAGCGGCGGUCCGAAAAAGGAUUCAGUGUUCGCUUCCAUGAGCCUAGAGCUGCAGGAUCUUUUCAUACGGAUGAUGACCUACCUGCCACAAGAACGCAUAGGUGCGCAGCAGGCACUUGAGCACAGAUGGUUCAGGGCGCAACCUGACAGCCCAUGCUACCCAGUUCCACCUCUCAGGGUGCCUACUGCUUGUCCAUCACCAGAGAGUGAGGACGAUCUUGAUGCAGCUGCGAUCGAUGACCUGCAAGCUAGGUUUCAGGCACCACGUGCUAAUAUUGUUGAAAUAAUUCUACGGAAACCGAAUGGAUGGCUAGGAAUUGCAUACCGAGCCAAUACUUACCAGCUGCGUUGAGUCAUAGUCACAAAGAGCCUCCUAAUCUUAGGCCAGAUGCG